UUUGCACACAAUUUUUUUAACAAAAUCCACUGCGGGAUGUCCUUUUUAUCUUUUUUUCUUUAUUUCAUUUUUGGCCCGUCCAGAAUUUUUGGUUUUGUUACUGCCAUUGUCCACAACAAAAAUCGUCAAAAAGUCCUUUUUUCUCUUUUAUUCCCAUAUUUUUUUGCAUAAUUCACUUCCGCCAAACCUUUUCUCAUAUUCUUUUCACCCUUUUUUGACAAUUGACUGGUAGAGGUAAAAAAAGUUGAAAAGAAUUCUUAAUUGAAAAGUGGGUAGCUGUCCGUUAUUGUUAGGGCAAUAACUAUUUUUUGUAAACUUGCCUGUUUUUCUAAAUAUACCUACCCGACUUUAUUUAAUAAAUUUGACAUUGACUAAACCAAAAAGCCUAACUAGUUAACGUUUAUAAAAUCCUAAGUCUUUUUUUAAGACCUAAAACUUUCUUCUCUUAAAACUUGUUUCUUGCUCCAUUAAAAAUUAACCAACCAUCUCACAUUUGAACCGAUUUGUGGAUACAAUAUUUAGUGUAUAUAUAAAAAUAUUGUAAAAGGAGAGGGCAAUUUGUUUAGAAAUUGAGAAGGCAAAAAUGUUUGAGGGAAAAAAUAUCGUUGUUGAGGAGCAGCCACCCACCUGCAAGUGCUUUUAUUCGCUUAAUAUUUAACCAAAUUUUCCCCUCUCCUUUUCAAAUUUAGUCCAUCACCUUUAUUUUUCUUUAUUUAUUUUUUAUUUAAGAUAUCAAAAUAUAAUUUAAUAUAGAAAAAAAAUGGAGGACCAUGCCCCAGUUUCAGACAGCAAUGAAUAUGAAGAACCUUGUACAUCUACAAGUAAAGAUUUCUGCCAGAACUCAACUUUUGGUGCUUUAAAGAAUUGUUCAGCAAUUGUUUCAGUUGUUGAUGGUCAUUUACAUACAAGAUUCGUUCCUUAUGAACAAAUAAGUUCGAGAAAAUAUGAUGAUAUGUCAACCAUUUUUAAUAAUUCCAACAACAAUUUUGAUGCCACUAAUAACCGUCAUCAACAACGCCAAUCCUCUCUUUUUGAUUUUGCCACAAUAGGAAUGAGAACAACAUCAACAAUAAAUCGUCCAUCAGCUAAUAAUUCUCCGUGUUCUCCUUUACUUAUUGGUGCUGGUGCUGGCUCUUCAAGUUCUGGUGGCGGCGUCUCAUAUGCUUGUGGUUCCUUAGUGCCGUUGCGUGGUCCUCCUCCAAUUCAUGCUCCACCACAACCACCAAAUUGUCCACCACCAAAGAGACGGCCUCAACAAAAUAGGCAUAUACAGAAGAGGCAUAGAAAAUGUUUAAAUUGUUGUCACCGAUUUGGUCGUUGGCCGGCUAUUUUAUUUUUGUUACUUCCUGCGAUGCUUUUAUUGCUCUCACUUUGUUUAUUACUUGUUUGGCUAACAUUCUUACGGGAAGACUUUUUAUUUUCUUCAAAUUCAUCAUUUUCUUCACAAAAAUUUAUUAAUAACCAAUAUAUUCAAAAUAAAAAUACUAGAAUCUCAUUUUUAUCAAAUGCUCAACAACAACAUUCCUCCACAUCUUCAGCCAAUCAAUUGCCAAAUAUUCCCACUCAACUUUUAUUUAAUAAUCCAAUUAUUAUUCAACUCCCUCCAUAUCAUUUAUUAUUUACUCAAAUUUAUAUUCCUCAGAAUUCUCUAUUCCGUUUAAAUUUAACAAUUGGCCCAUCUUCUCGAAUAAUUAUUUUUGCAAGACAGACAAUUCGUCCAACUAUUGGACAGUUUGAUUGGCAAAAAAUAUUUUUUGGUGAAAAUUUACAUUUGGAGAAAGAAACGACAUUUAAUGAAGGAGAAAAGGAGGGAAAAAUUGGACAAAAGAAGAAAUUGGGAUUUGUUAAUCACUUUUUACAAGCAGGAAUAUGGCAUUUUGGAUUAUUGAAUGAUAAAACUGAAUCAGAGUAUAUUGAAUUAAUUGCCCAACUGGAAGAACCUUCAAAUAUUGAACAACAUAAAAAUAAUAAAAUUAUUUCUCAAUGUCAUCAUUCAAAUUGUUUUGGAAAAGGAGAAUGCAUAGAAGGACGUUGUGUUUGUCAUCCUGGUUAUAGUGGUUUAUUUUGUGAAGAAACAUCUUGCCCGGUGCUAUGUUCUGGUCAAGGCGUAUUUAACAAAGGUCGAUGUCUGUGCCACCAAGGCUUUCGAGGCGUGGAAUGUGAGGAAACAAUUGAAUGGUGUGAUAAUAAGGAUUGUGGUAUUGGGGGUCAAUGCCAACCAGAUGGUACUUGUUUAUGUUUACCUGGAUGGAUUGGUAAAUAUUGUGAACAAAAUUUACAACAAAUUAAAGAAGAAAUUGAACAAAUUCAAAUUAAAAAUGAUGAGGAAAAUAAAAAACAAGAUUGCUUGCUUAAUUGUUCUGGACAUGGAAAUUGUAUUUUAAUUAAUAAACAAAAUGAAGAAGGCAAAAAGAUGAAAGAAUGUAACUGUUUAUCUGGAUGGACUGGAAUUAAUUGUCAAAUUGAACUUUGUCCAAAAAAUUGCUCAUCAAAUGGCCAAUGUAUGUUGAGUGUUAAAAAAGUAAAUGGAGAAGGUUGGUGGCAUUGUGAAUGUAAUUAUGGUUAUUAUGGUGAAUAUUGCCAAUUUCGUGCAGAAAGUAAUUGUGAAGAUGGUGAAGACAAUGAUGAAGAUGGAUUAACUGAUUGUGAAGAUUCUACAGAAUGUUGUUCACACAAUUCUUGUCUAUCAAAUUCUUUAUGUCUGGGUUCAUUUGUUUCACCAGAAUUACUUCUAAAACCCUCCUUCAUCAAUGAAACUAAACAACAGCAGGAAAAUACAACAUUAGAACAAAUACCAUUUUUUGAACGUGUUCGUUUCCUUUUUGAUAGCGGUGAUUUGUCUGUGCAGCGUUAUGCCGAUACUCGUUUGCUUGAUCCAAAGCUCCUUUCUGUGCUCAGAGGCCGUAUUCUUUCAAUAAAAGGAGGGCCAUUAGCUGGAGUUAGAGUUUCUGUGGCAGAUCAUCCACAGCAAGGCUUUUCUUUAUCACGUUCAUUUUCACCAUCAUCAGCAACAGCAUUAGAAGGAUCCCAGUCAACAUUUGAAAAUUAUAUGGAUACAAGUAUUGGUGAAUUUGAAUUAGCAGUAAAUGGGGGAGCUGCUGUAAUUUUACAAUUUGUUCGGCAACCUUUUGGUCGAGUUUUUCGAACUUUUUUUGUGCCUUCUAAUCAAAUUUUGGAUGUUGGAAAUGUUUGGAUGGAUUCUAUAGAGGAAAAAGAUGGUGGCGAAAAUGAAGCUUCUACAACUUCAUAG